AUGUUGAACAAGAUGACCUCCUCUCAGCAGCAGCAGAUGAUGAGAGGUCCUAGGCUGAACCGGGCCUUGUCCGACCCAUUGCUUGUGCUGCUCCUGGCCCUCCAGCUGCUGGUCGUGGCAGGCCUGGUGCGCGCUCAGACCUGCCCAUCCGUCUGCUCCUGCAGUAACCAGUUCAGUAAGGUCAUCUGCACGCGGCGCGGUCUCCGCGACGUCCCCGAUGGCAUAUCCACCAACACUCGCUACCUGAACCUGCAGGAGAACCUCAUCCAGGUCAUCAAGGUGGACAGCUUCAAGCACCUGAGACACUUGGAGAUCCUGCAGCUGAGCAAAAACCACAUCCGCAACAUUGAACUGGGGGCUUUCAAUGGACUGGCCAGCUUAAACACCCUGGAGCUCUUUGACAACCGCCUCACCACCAUCCCCAACGGGGCGUUUGAGUACCUCUCCAAGCUGAAAGAGCUCUGGCUGAGGAAUAACCCCAUAGAGAGCAUCCCCUCCUAUGCCUUCAAUAGAGUGCCGUCGCUACGCCGGCUGGACCUUGGGGAGCUCAAGCGUCUCUCUUACAUAUCGGAAGGGGCCUUUGAAGGGCUGAGCAACCUGCGCUACCUGAACCUGGGUAUGUGCAACCUAAAGGAAAUCCCCAACCUGAUUCCCCUGGUGAGGCUGGAUGAGCUGGAGAUGUCUGGCAACCAACUGGCGGUCAUCAAGCCCGGCUCGUUCAAAGGGCUCAUUCACCUGCAGAAGCUAUGGAUGAUGCACGCCCAGAUCCAAACCAUAGAGAGGAACUCUUUUGACGACCUGCAGUCGCUAGUGGAGCUCAACCUGGCCCAUAACAACCUGACCCUGUUGCCCCACGAUCUGUUCACGCCCUUGCAUCACCUGGAGAGGGUGCACUUACACCACAAUCCAUGGAAUUGUAACUGUGAUAUUCUCUGGCUGAGCUGGUGGUUGAAAGAGAUGGUGCCGGCCAACACUAGUUGCUGUGCCCGCUGCAGCUCCCCGUUCAGCCACAAGGGGCGCUACAUCGGGGAACUGGACCAGAACUACUUUCAUUGUUAUGCUCCUGUUAUUGUGGAGCGCCCAACAGACCUGAAUGUGACAGAGGGCAGCCCCGCAGAGCUCAAAUGCAGGGCCAGCUCCCUGACAUCUGUCAGUUGGAUUACCCCCAACGGCUCCGUCAUGACACACGGUGCGUACAGGGUCCGCAUCUCUGUUCUGAACGACGGGACCUUGAACUUCACCAAUGUUUCCAUGCAGGACACGGGCACCUACACGUGCAUGGUGAGCAAUUCGGCGGGCAACACGACCGCCUCCGCCACGCUCAACGUGACGUCCACCGAAAACAGCGGCUUCAGCUACUUCACCACGGUGACGGUGGAGACCAUAGAGACCCCACACAACGAGGGCUUCACCACGGUGCAGCAGAACGUGAGACCCACCACGUCCGGUCCCUGGGAGUCUAUCUCCGCCAGCUCCACCACCACCACCACCACCACCACAGCCCGGAGGUCGCAGUCCACCCGGACGACGGAGAGGACGUACACCGUCCCCGUCACGGAGCUGGGCGGAGAGGGCUCUCUCAACGGCCUGGACGAGGUCAUGAAGACCACCAAGAUCAUCAUUGGCUGCUUCGUGGCCAUCACGCUGAUGGCGGCCGUCAUGCUGAUCAUCUUCUACAAGAUGCGGAAGCAGCACCACCAGCAGAACCACCACGCGCCCCAGCGCACCAUCGAGAUCAUCAACGUGGACGAGGACUGCGUGACCGGCGGUCCAGGCAUGGAGGGACACCUUUCCCUUCCCCCACUGGAGCAUGAGCACCUCAACCAUUACAACAGCUACAAGAACGCGUACAACCACGUCUCCACCAUCAACUCCAUACACAGCUCCGCGCAUGAACCUUUAUUGAUCCGGGCGAGCUCCAAAGACAAUGUGCAAGAGACCCAGAUCUGAUCUGCUUUCGUUUUCGUUUUCCCGGAAUGGAACGGGACACACACUGAUUCAUUCAAGUAUAGACGAUAUUUACAAGACGAUUAUUGGCCGAGAGGUUGAGGAGUUUGCCGGCCAUUGAAGGGGACAAACCUGGAUGUGUCCUCGGCUAAUCAUUUGUUGGUGAUGUUUAUUCAAUGACUUUGGGA